AUGGUGUUAAAGUCAACAUCAGCCGGUAAUGUGUCUGUUUAUCAGGUCUCUGGUACGAAUAGCUCGCGUUCAUUACCUGACUGGAUCGCUAAGAAGAGAAAGAGAGCAUUAAAGAAUGAUAUAGAAUACCAGAAUAGAAUAGAGCUAAUUCAAGAUUUUGAGUUUAGUGAGGCAUCUAAUAAAAUAAAAGUGUCACCUGAUGGCCAGUUUGCUAUGGCUACAGGUACAUAUAAACCUCAGAUCCAUGUAUAUGAUUUUGCAAACUUAUCUCUAAAGUUUGACAGACAUACUGACGCAGAGAAUAUAGACUUUCUUAUAUUGUCAAAUGACUGGACAAAGUCCGUACAUCUACAGAAUGAUAGAUCAAUUGAGUUUCACACAAAGGGUGGUAUUCAUUAUCGAUCUAGGAUCCCAAAAUUUGGGAGAGACUUGUCAUAUAAUCCAGUAAAUUGUGAUCUUUUGGUGGGGGCUUCUGGAAAUGAAAUAUACAGAUUAAAUUUAGAGCAAGGAAGGUUUUUGAACCCUUAUACUUUAGACACUAAGAGAGGGGUAAAUUCAGUGGAUGUUAAUCCUGUUCAUGGGUUGGUAUGCGCGGGCCUAGAAGACGGAACGGUUGAAUUUUGGGACCCAAGAAGUAGGCAAAGGGCAGCUAAAUUGUUUGUUUCAGAGCAGUUAAACGAACCUGUUCAAGUUACAGCUACUUCAUUCCGGAACGAUGGGCUUAAUUUUGCUUGUGGGACUUCUUCCGGACUAUCGCUUAUAUAUGAUUUGAGGUCGGCUGUACCUACUAUUGUUAAAGAUCAAGGAUAUGGUUUUGAUAUCAAGAAAAUUCUAUGGAUAGAUGAAAAUUCUUCUCAACAAAACAAAAUCAUGACGUCAGAUAAACGUAUUGCAAAGAUAUGGAAUCGAUUAGAUGGAAAACCAUUCACUUCAAUGGAACCAAGCGUAGAUAUAAACGACGUUGCAUAUGUUAAAGAGUCAGGAAUGUUUUUGAUGGCUAAUGAAGGGAUUUCCAUGCAUUCUUAUUACAUCCCUCAAUUAGGACCGGCACCAAGGUGGUGUUCAUUCUUAGAUAAUAUCACUGAAGAAUUGGAAGAGAAACCCUCGGAUACAGUGUAUUCUAAUUAUAGAUUCAUCACUAGAGAUGAUGUAGACAAGUUAGGAUUGUCACAUUUGAUUGGUUCAAAAGUUAUGCGCUCCUACAUGCAUGGUUUUUUUAUUGAUACGGAAUUAUAUGAUAAGGUUAACUUGAUCGCAAAUCCUAAUUCUUACAGGGAGCAAAGAGAAAGAGAAAUCAAAAAGAGAAUUGAGAAAGAGAGAGAGUCAAGAAUUAGAUCAACCGGUACCAUUAGUAACACGAAAAUCAAGAUCAACAAGGAUUUGGCCGGUAAAUUGCAGGACAAGAAAGGUUCUGCUGCUGCAGAGGCUGUCAUUAAUGAUGAUCGUUUCAAGGAAGUAUUUGAAAAUCCUGAUUUUGCCGUUGAUGAAGAAUCACAUGAAUACAGACAACUUAAUCCUGUUAAAGUGUCUAAGGAUGUUUCUAGAGGUCUAACAGCUGCAGAAGAAUCUGACGAGGACAGAAUGAAUUUUAACGUUGAGGGGGAAUCCAGGUCAGAAAUCGAAUCAGAAAGUGAUGAAGAUGAAGAGGAUGAACUUGCUGCCAGAGAGGCCACAGAAAUAAGAAGAAAUAAAAUCAAAAAGGAACUAGAGAAGGUUCGUCGUAGAAAAGAAGCCGAUGCUGAGGCUGACAAGUUUAUGAACGAAAUGGUUCCCCUAAAAGAUGAUACGCCGAAAGAUGACCAAGCAUCAUUUUCAGCACAGCUUAAGCAUGCUAAUCAAACGCCUAGGGUAAAGAAACCAAAUGAUUCCAGAUUACGUCGUCAUGGUAGAGGUGAGGCUGAGUUGACAUUUGUUCCGAAAAAGCUAGAGAAAAAGGUCUCGUUUAAGCACGACGCUGACAGCACGAAAGAGCUUAAUAGAGGUAGAGCUAAACAAAGAUACGAUGGUCGCAGAAGAGCCUCUAAAAACGCUUUCAGGGGAAUGUAA